AUGUCCGGAGAUUCGAGGUCAAACUUUGAUCUAGAGCCGAAUCCUUUUGAAAGGUCGUUUGCUACAAAGGACUCUUCAUUGUCUUUGAGCACAACCGCAGGUCAUCAGUCUCGUCAUGAAUCUAGCUCCGAGAUUGAUACUGCUGGAAAUAGUUCGGCUUAUUCAAACAGUAAAGCCAACUUGGCGUUCACAGGAAUACAGGAUCCACAUGAACAACAAACACAUGUACAACAACAACAACAAAUUCAGCAUCAACCUUUACAAAACCAUCACCCAACUAAGUUACCCGGUAUAACACCGCCAUUGUUUACUCCUGGUGGACGGAGAUUGCCACCGUUGGAGCCUACUUCGAACCCCGGCACACCCACAACCAAUUUAUGGAACAGUUUACUAAGUGCAUCAAACGGCAGCACCAACCCCUUGCCUCAGCAAAAUGGCCAGUUACAUCCAGCACAACAGAGUUACAACCAGUUUGCGUCGCGUAAGACUGGGUUGACUCCAAAUGAGUCCAACUUGAGAUCCGGUCUAACUCCUGGAGGAUUUUCUUUUGGUUUCGGAGGGCAGGUGGGGACUGGCUUGUCAACUCCUGGAGGUCUAUUAAAUGGGCCCAUCACUCCCGGUUUGUCUAGCUUGUUGGGUAUCCCAUCGGGUAACAAUAAUAUAUUGAUGGGGAUGCCGCAUGGGGGUGUACCCAAUCCUGGGCCCUCGCAAAUGCAACAAUCGCAAUCAACCCCGUCACAACAUCAGUUACAAUCGCAAGAACACCCGCAGCUGCAAGUUUUGCAACCUCAAGUACCACAUCCAGACACACAACAACAGCAGCAACAGCAACAGCAGCCACAUCAGCCACAUCAGCUAACACAGUCACUUCCGCAGAUAGGAGCAUCGCCACCAGUGAACAAUCAACAGAUAGCUCUAGUCCCACCUUCCGUUUUACCCGAGAAUUCGAAAUUUCUCCAACAACCUGUUGAGCCUCCUGGUAUGGCACUGCAAGAACCACUAACUACACAACAAGAACAUCAACGUCCGCUUCCUACACUUACAGAGCCUUCGUCUAUACAGCUGGCCCAUGCAUCCUCUCAUCAAGCUUUGCAUAGUCUGUCUCAAAACCCGUCACUGGAAGUGCUAUCCACAGUCACGAAUAGUGCCUCGCCCAACCCCACGAAUCCUUCAGUUGCCAGUGACCUCAAAGUGAAAUCUGUGGACUUAUUGAAAAAGAAAAAGGGAAGAACUGCAGGGGUCAAAAAGCCCCGAGCAACCAAACCGAAGAAGGCCACAGUGAAGGUAAAAGAGGAGCCCGGAGUGGAGAAGAGUGUGAAUAGUGACGACAAGGAAAAUCACGCCAAUGGACCUAGUGAAGCGACAGGAGAUGGUGCAAAGAAAACCGAAAUGAAGCAAGCAGGCGGCAAAAGAAAAAAUUCAACUAAUGAAGAAGAAAAGCGGAAGAGUUUUCUCGAGAGAAACAGAGUUGCUGCAUCCAAGUGUAGGCAGAGAAAAAAACAGCUUAUGCAGAAGAUGGAGGACGAGUUGGCUUUCUAUUCGAAUGGAUAUAGAGAAACAAGUGCACAAGUUACCGAACUUCGUGCUCAUUUGCAAAAAAUGACAAGCAUACUAAUCGCUCAUAAGGAUUGUCCAUCUUUGGCACAGUCGUGUGGUGGGAUCGAAGAUUUGUCGAGUAUCAUUCAAGAGGCUGAACAUCUUGCCAAGGAUACUGUGGAAACUGAGGAUCAGGUGAGCUCCAUUCCAUCAACAAUUCCAACAACGCUUCAUUGA